CUCCAGAGCGGUCCCCUGCCGUCAAACCUGCUGCGAGCGCGAGGAGGAGUCAACAGGUCCGUGUUCUCGCCUCACACACCCUCUCGCGCCAAACGAGCCGAGCGCUGACCCGCUGACCCACGUCCCCCGCCAGCAUCCUCGCGCGCCGCGAGACACGCUUUCCGCAGGAGCCCCCCGGAGAAAGAGCGUGCGUGCGUGCGCGUGCGUGCGCGCGCGGCCACAAAGCCCAGAAGAGGACGGCACACGGCAAAAAAACGCACCAUGUCCACUGGGAAAAAUGCACCUGCUACAGAAAACUCCAGACAGUUGUCCCUACAGGCCUGUCUGGAUGAAUGCAUGGAGGCCUUGGAUCUGUUCCUCAACAACCACUUCAACGAGAGUUUGGACAAACUCCGGCCACGGUCUAAGGAGAGCAUGUAUCACGCUCUGAUCUAUGCCACAGUGUUAGAGAUGCAGGCCAUGAUGACCUUCCAACACGACGACAUAGUGCAUGCUGGGAACACGAUGAAGAGCGCUCAGGAGGUGUGCCAGAGGUUCCGUAGGAAGUCAGGUGGUCUCGGGAGCCGGGGAGCAAAUGAUGACCUUUCAGAAGAGCAGCUCCACGCCGAAGUGUGUUACGCCGAGUGUUUACUACACAGAGCCGCUCUCACGUUCCUACAGGAUGAGAAUAUGGUCAGUUUUAUUAAAGGAGGGAUCAAAGUACGGAACAGUUACCUCAUAUACAAAGAGCUCAACGGCUUCGUCCAAUCAGACGCGGCUUUCAAAGGACCGAACCAUAAGCACUUGGAGGGCGGGGUCUCUUUCGGAAUCGGGGCUUUCAAUUUGACUCUUUCGCUGUUUCCCGCCCGGUUACUCAAGUUGCUCGAGUUUGCCGGCUUUUCUGGAGAUAAGGACUUUGGCAUCUCUCAGCUGUACACGGGGGCCACCUCACACACCCUGCGCUCCAUGCUGUGCGCCCUCCUCCUGCUCUGCUUCUACACCUUCCUCUCCUUUAUUUUAGGUACUGGAGAGGGUGAAGUGGAGGAGGCGGAGCGACUCUUGAAGCCGUUUCGACUGCGAUACCCCCGUGGAGCGAUUUUCCUCUUCUUUGCAGGUCGAGCGGAAGAAAUAAAGGGCAACAUUGAUGAGGCGGUGGCGCUCUUUGAGGACGGCUGUAAGGCCCAGCAGGCCUGGAAACAGUUUCAUCACAUGUGCUACUGGGAGCUGAUGUGGUGCUUCACCUUUAAGAGGCACUGGAAGAUGGCCUACUUCUACGCAGACCUGCUCAGCCAGGAGAGCCGCUGGUCUAAGGCCAUGUACGUGUACAUGAAGGCGGCUUAUCUCAGCAUGCUUCCCGAUACAGAGUCCCGGCCGUUCGGGGAUAAUGAAGUGGAUCUUUUCAGACAGGUGCCAACACACAAACAGAAGAUAGCCGGUAAAUCUCCACCCACGGAGAAGUUUGCCAUCCGUAAGGCGAGGCGGUACAAAGCUAGCAAUCCAGUCAGGCUUCCCGUGCCUGUGCUCGAGAUGAUGUACAUGUGGAAUGGUUUCUCCAUGAUCAGCAAGCAGCCCGAGCUGACGGAGGGCAUGAUGGAGACGCUGUUAGAAGCGGAGCGCGCCCUACAGGCCGCUCCAGAGAACGAGUACUCCGUGGACGACACGUGUGUGAUCCUGCUCCUGAAAGGCCUGUGUCUGAAGAACCAAGGCCAGACGCAGGCGGCGGAGGACUGCUUCAGACAGGUUUACAGCAGUGAAAAGAAGCUGAAGUUCGACCAUUACCUGGUUCCCAACGCUCUGCUGGAGAUGAGCCUCUUGUACAUCGACACCGGGAGGAAAGAGCAAGCCGUACAGCUGCUGCAGAAAGCCAAGAAAAACUACAAGGAGUACUCAAUGGAGUCUCGCACGCAGUUCAGGGUCCACGCGGCCCUCUCCAAACUCAAAGCCGACACCAACGACCAGGAUGAAAUAACAACAUUGUGACGCGGCGUGGUUUCAUGCAGCGUCAACCGUUUAUUUGGGCAGACGCUAAAAACCUCACCUGUACGUUCUCCUCUCUCCAGGAGGCCAACUUGAUGUAUUUUAGUCAGAUAGUAAAUAGAUGAACGGAUAUUUCAAAUAUAAACCGGGGUUUGAGCUCCUUUUGUGUUCGAAUGUAUUAAAAUGUACAUUUUAGGGAGCAUUAGGAAUCAAUUUUUUUUUUUUUCCGUUCUCAAGUCCUGUACAGGUUUAAUAAGGGAAAAUGACUAGAAAACUGACAGUGUUUAAAAAGCGUUUUACACUAAGUCGUAGUGAUGAUUAAAACCUGUUGAUUAUUGUAAGGCCGAGUGUGGGGUGGAGUACUUUAUACGCCUUUCCUGAACGAAUCAAGAAAGUUUAUAAUAAUCAGACCGUCCUAACAGCAUCAUAAACAUUCAGCCGUCGAAUGCCGUGGUUAUCGUCAAAAGUUGAUAUUCAAUCGGUUAUUGACAUUAAUAAAAUAUUUUUGAAAUGUGUAAUUUUAUAGCAGAUUAAGUCGUAGAACCGAUGCAAUCGUUAGCAAUAAAUGCUCCGGGCUGCUGUUCGAAUAAAACGGUUUUCCCGUGACAUCCAUUCUUUUUAUUUACUUAAUAUAACGUUUCACGAUUCAACGAGGAGAUGAAGCGAUUUGAACACGGGCUGUUUAAACAUGCU